AUGGGUUUGUUGUCAGAUGUUAAUCGUGACAAUACACCCGCUCUUUUGUGUGAUGAAUUCCUUAUUUUCCCUGAUGAUAAUGAUAAUACCUUUGUGACUUGCUCAGCUCCAGUUAGUUGUGAAGAGUCCCCGUCAUCUUGUUCCCCUGUUACUCUUGUUGCUCCGUCCAGUACAUCUACUUUUGUUGCUUCUGAAUUCUCAACUCCAGAUAUGGUUAAUCCUGUCGUCAACAGCAUUCCUCGUAUGUUAGAUCAAAAUGCGAAGUUGUUGGCGUCAACCAUGUUUGAUAUUGAUGAGAAAUCUGCUUCUGCGGAGUCUGAAUGGUCUCCGUUAUUCGAUACUUCUGACAAAACCUCUCCUUUGCCCGAAUCUCAGUCGGGUUCAAAGCCAUGGUCUCCAUUAUUUAAGCCUGCUGAUAUUACUUCUCCAGUUCCAAAGAUUGAGGUGAGUUUCACUUGUGAGAAACGUAGUGCCAUUGUCAUGGCUGGCGAUGACGACUCUUUUGAGUUGUCUCAUAAACGGAUGAAGAUUAGCAGUUCCUCUGAUGUGAAGCCGAUCAUUGUAAAGAACCCUAGUGACCCUGCCAGUGUUAGAAGGGCUCGUAACACGGAGGCCGCCAGACGCUCUCGUGCCAAGAAAAAUGCUCGUAUUGACCAUUUGGAAGCCAUUGUUGCUGAGUUACAAUCGAGAAAUUCGAUGCUUGAAGCUGAAAAUAAUGUUCUGCGCCGGCUACAGAACCUUCCACCCAGCUCAAAUAUCUAG